GUCAAGCUGUCAAGUAAACUGUAAAAUUAAUCAUGGCGGUUUAUUGAAAGAAAUAAACAAGUUUGGAUUUUCAAACUUUUAAAACUACUUACAGACUGAGCUGAGUAAUUUGUGAAACAUGGUAGGAAAUGAUUCAAGUUCGUGGUCACAAGAUGAGACAAUAAGAAUACUGAUCGCUUCAGAUAUUCACUUAGGUUAUUUAGAAGAGCAUCCUAUCCGAGGCGAGGACAGCUUUAUUGCAUUUGAAGAAACAUUAUCAUUGGCAGUUCAGUAUGAUGUGGAUCUGGUGCUACUCGGUGGUGACUUAUUCCAUCACGCAAAGCCCUCCCUUAAUUGUAUUUUUAAGUGUACGGAGAUCAUUCGUAAAUAUUGUUUUGGCGAUAAGCCGGUAAGCAUCGAGUUACUUUCAGACCAGACUGUCAACUUUUCUCGAAACGUUAAUUAUGAAGAUCCAAACUUAAACGUGUCAUAUCCAAUACUAUCUAUUCAUGGAAACCACGACGAUCCUGUGGGCCGUGAAGGGAUAAGCAGUCUUGAUAUACUCUCGACAGGAGGUUUAGUGAACUAUUUCGGCAAAUGGACCGACUAUACUCACGUGCGUAUUUCGCCCGUACUAUUACAAAAAGGUGCUACGAAACUUGCCUUGUAUGGUUUGAGUCAUCUGAAAGACCAACGCUUGUCACGCCUUUUUCAAGAGAAAAAAGUAGAAAUGCUGCGUGAUGAAGAACAUAGCUGGUUUAAUAUUCUGGUAUUGCAUCAGAACAGAGCGGAAGACAGAGGAGCUGGUAAUUUUAUCAAAGAAGAUGAAUUGCCCAAAUUUUUAGAUCUUGUAGUGUGGGGUCAUGAACAUGAUUGUGAAUUGUUUGAUAUGAAAGGUAGUAGUGAAACUAAUCAUUUCAAUGUGAUCCAGCCUGGCAGCACUGUGGCUACUUCUUUGGCUGCUGGAGAAGCUAGACCUAAACAUUGUGCAAUGCUUCAAAUUCAUAAAACAGAUUUCAUUCUAACUGCGGUUCCUUUAAAAACUGUCAGACCAUUUGUUUUCAAGACUGUUGUUUUGUCAGAACAUAAUCUGGGAGAUGAGAAUGUCAAUGAAAGCGAAAAAGUUCAGGAAUUUCUUAAAGAAAAGGUUAAUGAGGCAAUUGUUGAAGCAAAGACACUUUUGUCUGGUGAUCCUAGACAGCCAACUAUGCCUUUGAUAAGACUUAGUGUGUUUUAUGAAAGAGAAGAUCAGAUAUUUAACAGAACAAGAUUUGGACAAAAUUUCAAUGGCUUAGUAGCAAACUCAAAUGACAUCCUUUUAUUGAAGAGAGAAAGAAAAAUACGCGAGAAGCGUCAAGGACAAGGAGACGAGAUUAAUGUUGCAGACUAUGUUGCUGACUCCACUGAUGUUGAGACACUGCUGCAGUCCUACUAUGAGGCUAUGCCACCAGAACGGCGCCUCGCUGCUCUGCCUGUACAACUAAUGACAGAAGCAGUGCGUGAUUACACUCUCAAACAGAACGAGGAUAUCUUACGGCAUGUCUUGGAGGCACACAGGAGGCGUUGUAUUACUACACUGCUAGAGUCAAAUACAGAUACCGAAAUAGAAGCGAUUGCCGACCGACUUCGAGUACUCAGAGAUGAAAUAGUUUCCGCAGAUACUACAAAGCUUGCUGAACUAAAGGCACUGCCUGUGUCUGAACAAAUAGUUGUUGAAGGAUCCAGUGAUGAAGAGUUGCAAGUGGAAAAGGAGGUAGCUGCGCGGGGAAGAGGACGAGGUUCACGCGGAGGCCGUGGCUCACGUGCCCGCGGAUCACGCGCGCGUGGUCGGGGCCGGGAGCCGGAGGUGUCAGAGCCCGCGUCUCCUGUCGUCGCCACUACCGACCGCCGGAGUACGCCGCGUCGCACAGCUGCACAAAAAUCUGCUACAUGGAUUCAUAACUUAGCCUCAAAGGCUCGUCGCAGAGACUCGUCAGAGAUUGAUGAUUCUGAAUGAAAAUAUUUCAUUCUACUUCUUUUAAAUCUGUUUCAUUUAUAUAAUAAAUGCUUUCAUUUUGUGCUUCAUUGUAUGUCUAUUCAUUUACUUACAUUUCUUAUCAUUCUUAAGGGGAG